ACUCUCUUAUCUCCUAUUCCUUUCUUGCAUGACUCUCCCUGGACUCAUUCAACGACCUUCAAUUCAAAACCCAAACAAACGAAGGAAAACAACUCCGCUCCUUCUCUGAAAAAUCUCACUCUUUCAUUCCCUCCUCCUCCACCAUGUACCCUCCCUUUCUCCUCUUCCUUUCUUCCCUUUUCCUCUCCUUUCUCUCCCUUUCCCUCUCCCAACAACCCCCCAAAGGAUAUUUAAUUGAUUGCGGCGCAAGCGGCAAAUCCGUGAUCGACGGCCGAGUGUGGCUUCCGGACCACGACUUCAUCUCCACCGGAACAGCCAAAAACCUAACGGUCUCCAUCCUUGACCCAACCCUCUCCACCGUCCGAUCGUUCCCUCUCCAAAAUAAUCUCCGCCGGAAGUUCUGCUACGUGGCACGCGUCUACCGUGGCGCAAGAUACCUAGUUAGGACAACUUACUAUUACGGCGGAGUCAACGGCCUGAAUUUUCCUUCGCCUCCCGUUUUCGAUCAGAUAGUGGACGGCACGUUUUGGAAAGUGGUGAACACCACGGAGAAUUAUCAAAAGGGCUUGGCGUCCUAUUACGAAGCAGUGUUUGAAGCUAAAGGGACUACAAUGAGUGUUUGUAUUGCUUCGAACACGUAUACGGAGUCCGACCCGUUUAUUUCGCGUUUGGAAAUGCUGAUUUUGGGGGAUUCGCUUUAUAAUACAACGAAUUUUGAUUUCAAUGCUUUGAGUUUGGUUGCUAGGCACAGUUUUGGGCACAAUGGAUCCAUUAUCAGAUUCCCUGAUGAUCUGUUUGAUCGAUAUUGGGAGCCAUAUGAAGGAAAUCAUUUUGUUCUAGCAAGCAAUAAGACUCCACCUGUUUCUGGGUUCUGGAAUAUACCCCCUUCAAAAGUAUUCGAAAGAGCAGUUUCCACAGCCCAAUUGGAACCCCUAGAGUUGAGAUGGCUGCCUUGGUCACUUCCUAAAUCGAAUUAUUACAUUGCUCUGUAUUUUGCGGAUAAUAGUGACUCAAUGCCAUCAAGCUCGAGGGUGCUUGACAUACACGUAAAUGAUGUAAGGUAUUACGGCAAUUUGAAUGUGACUUCAGAAGGAGCUGCGGUCUUCUCAACCAGAUGGCCUCUUGACGGCCCUACAAAAAUAACUUUGAGUCCUGCUGCCAAUUCAAAUAUUAGUCCUUUGAUCAAUGCUGGGGAGAUUUUUGAUGUUCUUGACCUUGGAGGAAGAACUCAUACAAGGGAUGCAAGAGCUUUAGAAGAAAUGAAGAACAGUUUGCGGAACCCUCCACUUGAUUGGAAUGGUGAUCCUUGCCUGCCCCUUAAUUACACAUGGACUGGAGUUACAUGCUCUGAGGGGGAACGAAUUCGUGUGACUGCUUUGAACCUGACUAGUAUGGGUCUUUUGGGAUCAUUGUCUCCAAGCAUUGCCAAUUUAACUGCUCUGAGUGGCAUUUGGCUCGGUAAUAACAGUUUAUCGGGAGUAAUUCCUGAUCUCAGUUCAUUAAAGCUACUAGCAAUAUUGCAUUUGAACGACAACCAGCUCACUGGAGAUAUUCCAUCAUCACUUGGAGACAUUGAAAGGUUACGUGAACUAUUCUUGCAAAACAACAAUCUGACUGGCAGCAUACCUGAUAGCCUUGUUAGACCGGGGCUGGAUGUUAGGACUUCUGGAAAUCAGUUUUUGUCCCCAGCACCUUCUUAAGUAGAUUAUACAUCCGUCCAGAGGUAACUUAACUUCGCACAACUGGAAUGGCAAAACACUCGAUUUCAGCCAAUUCUCUGUGUCUAUAUUUAUUCCAUAUCUAAUUGGUAACAUGUUGGUUUGAAAAUUUUACUGCAAGUGUCACCAUUGUUUUCUCUUUCACUUUAAAGUUCUCAUAUUUGGCCUCCUCUUGUUGGCAAUAUAGUAUACAAGCUCCUAAUGCAAGUUGGAGCAUCCACAGACAGUUUUAUACUAGAAAUACUUGUUCAUAUUUAUUCAGUAUGAUUCUAUGUUGAAUUCCAGGUCAUGUCAGUAAAUCAUUCCUCACUCACUGUUUAUUCCUUUCUAAUAUUUAGGAAAUCUUCAUAUAGUUGUGUAUUUGUUUACCAUGAAUAUAUGGUUUUGAACGCGUUUGUAACAUCAUUUGAUUGGAUUUGUUGUGGCUUUACUCCCAAAUCGCUUGGUAAGAAGACUACUUUUCUGUCUAGUGUUUUAAAUUAUAAAAUGUACAAAAAAAAAUGCUAAAACAAAAAAAAUGCACUUUUCAUUUUCAAUCAGCAUUGAACUUGGUAAUUCAAAUUAUUAUACAAUGAUACGAUACAAGAACAAUAUUAAGAUUAAAAUUUUAACUAAAUUAUCAUAUGAAUUCGACAAAAAAAAAAAUUUAUUGUGUUUUUCAUUUCACAGUUCUAAUCAGCGUAGAUGGUAAAGUUGCAUUUGCUUUUAUAACAAAUUACUUUUGUACUUGGGAAACCCAUCAAUUCUCCAUUACAAUGGCAUCAAACCAAAUUAACAAAAUUUUGAAAUUUUGAUGGAUACUCGGUGCGCUAUCUGCUCUGAUGCACGGAAACAGAGCAGCUUUCGAAUUCAUAAAUGGGGGAAUCAUAACCAUUUGCCUUUACAGAUCUUUCCUCCUUUCCCAAAAAUAAUUCACGAAUUCAUUGCUGUUAGACCAUUCAUCAGAUUCCUUUGGAUGAUCUUCCAGGAUGGGACCCUGGAAAUUCAUAGACUCUGCAUCCUGCGUGUUGCUUGACUGCUCACUUUCUAGCUGCUGAUCGAUUAGAGCCUGACGAAGCCGAUAAAAAUGUAAAUCUCCCCAUCCCA